AUGUAUCGGAAGUUGUCUAAGUUAGAACACUCGGAAAUAAAACAACUUCUUACAGAAGCUAAUAUAGAUGUUGCAAAGCAUUACGCAACAAACAAAAAAGCACUCGCUGACAUCCUCAAUGACUAUAAUGGUGCAAUAAGUUAUGAUAGAAUUCAUGAGUUCAUAAAGCCGCAACGCGGCGAGGACGAAGUCCAUGCAAGAGCAUUUCCUUUAAAUGACGUUGCUAUUGACUUAUAUCAUAGACGUUCAGUACCUCAUGAAGUAAGAAGAGAAAUGUUUGACAUAACAAAUGCAAACGUUGGUGAAACAAGAAGAAGAGACGACACACUGAAACAACAGAGAAGAGAGAUGUUUAAGAGCGCUAUAGAACAAGUUCGCAAAGCUAACGAUGUCAUUCGUUCCAUUGACGACAAACCAAAAGAAGGUGAGAGAUGGUUAAAGAAAGAUGAAGAGAAUAGGAAGAGAAAU